AUGAUUCAGCCUUUCUGUUGCCUGGAGCUCCACAGACAAGACAGCAUGUCCCUCGUGCCACUGCAGUGCCUGGCCGUCCUGUCCUCUACACUACUGCAACCGCAGCCUCUGCAGCUGGUCCACCCUACAUCCUUCCUCCAAGUUCCCAGCAUUUAUGAUAAAUCUAUUUUUGGGCACUUUCUUUUUUCUCAAAGAAAGCCAGAAUAA